ACUCUGUGGAGUGCACGUUGUUUUUUUCUGUGAUUUUGAAUUGCUUUGUGCUUGAAUAUAAUCAACGAAAUAUCUCUGUAUAAUAAUGGAUCUUGACGAUGAAACAAUAAUUAAAUAUUUGAAUGAACUAGAAAUUCGAUUUGUGACUGGGAAUUUGUCAAACUAUGAUUUCAAUGCAAAUUUCAAUUUUCUUCAAAUUCAUUCAUCUAAUGAAUUAUUUAGAGCAUUAGAAUUUGUUGCAAAAAGUGCAUUUUGUCACGACUAUGGAGUUAUUUUAAAUGCUAAUUUGACUGAUUUAGGAUUGCAUAAUGUGUCGUUUGAUCCAGAGAAUCCAAAAUCGCUCGAAUGCAAAUUUAUUGCAGUUGAUGAUGAAAAGCUAUCGAAGUAUGUGAAACAAGUUAUAAUACUUUUUAUUGGCAUUUCUGCCUUGCAACAGUUCGUUAAAGCCAAUGUAUGCGGACCGGAAGUAGGUAAUGAAAGUAAUUAUUCACUUUUUACUUCCAUGUUUUCUGAAAAUGUGACUCAAGAAUAUGUCAUUCAGUUCCUCAGUCGGGAUGGAGAAUUGCCUAUAUCCAAUAUUGUGCAAUUAAAACUUCUCUUUUUUAGCAACAUGUUUUUAUCUCAUGUAAUUGAAACUGAUGAUUUGUGUCUGACACGCCAAUGGUGGUUAAUGCGUUGUCUGAUGAUGCAUCAACAUGUAUUAGCAGAGAGGAUAGCAUCAUUACAUGAUGAAAUGGCUUUGAUAGUGAAAAAAUAUCUUGAGGUAAAUUGGAUUAUUAAUAAAGUGCACCCAGUAGCUGAAUUGAUAUUUUAUGUGGAGUGUGCACAAAUGCAUUUGCAUUAUCAUGAAGUGCAACUAGCUAAAAAGAAUAUUUCAUUAGCUCAAAAUCUUGUCGGUUUAAGUGUUGAAUUGACUGGAGCAUAUGGUAAAAGGACUCGAUUUCAAAAUCGAGCUGUUGCUCAAUUACUUGUAAAACUGGUGAAGGAUAAUGAAAAGUCAUCUGUAAAUAUAUUUGAAAUCAAAGAAAAUUCUGACCUUCCUCCUGACUUAAAUCUUCAAGAUGACACUUUACUUAAUAAGAUUUCAUUCAUUAAUAGUGAAGAAUAUCAAAUAGAGUAUCUUCUACCUGAAGAACAGGUAGUCCUGUUAGGGCAUUGCCUUCUUGUCCAAAGGAGUGGAGCCUUUACUGAGCUUUUACGAGAGGAAGUGAUGUCCUACAUCAACUGUUUGUUAGAGCAACCGAAGAUAUGGUCUAUUUAUUUAAAGCUUCUUAUCAUGAGGUGCAAAUUGGAAAAGGAGUCUUCUCGUCAUGUUGAAAGAUCUUUGAUGCAAUUGGAGUCUGUUAUUGAUUCUAUUAAAAAAGGCAAUCCAAGUUUUUCAGUACGUUUUCCUAUGCUUUAUGCCGUUGCUUUUCCUAUGUUAUGGGUACUGGAGAAAGAACUUGCUGAUUUGUGGAUGUCUAUGGGUGCUACAAAAACUGCACUUGUUAUCUAUGAGAAAUUACAAUUGUGGCAAGAAAUUGUUCAAUGCUAUUUUCAACUAGGAAGAACUUCUUGUGCAGAAACUCUUCUCCGAAAUCAGUUGAAAGUAAAGGAAACACCUUUGUUAUACAGCCUCUUAGGAGAUGUGUUAGAUGAUCCUGAAAUGUACCAUAAAGCAGAUGAGUUGGCAAAAGGAAAGAAUGCCCGUUGCCAACGUUCUUUGGCAUAUUACUAUUUUAAGAGAAAACUUUAUGAGAAAAGUUUGCCCUUUUUCCAACGAACUCUAGAGAUAAAUCCAUUACAGUCUAGUGUGUGGUUUUCUUAUGGGUUUGCUGCACUACAAUGUAAAGAUUAUCUUCUUUCUGCUAAAGCUUACAGGCAAGUUGUGCUAUUAGAUCCAGACAAUUUUGAAGCAUGGAAUAAUCUUUCCAAUGCAUAUAUCCGAUCGCAACAGAAAGAACGUGCAUGGAGGAGUCUUCAAGAAGCUUUAAAAUGUAAUUAUGAAGAAUGGAGAGUUUGGGAAAACUUUCUUGCUGUGAGUACAGACAUUGGAGUCUUUGACGAUGUCAUCAGGGCUUGGCAUAGGCUUCUUGAUAUUAAAGGUAAACAUCAAGAUUCUGAAGUUUUGGGGAUUCUUGUGCAGGCCAUUAAUGAAGAUAUUCCAGAUUUCUAUGGUCAUUCUGCCUCUAAGUGGAGAAAGUUGGCUCUCCAACUUCUUGGCCGAUUAUCUUCAAUAUCUUCAACUGAUUAUACCAUUUGGAAUGCUUAUUCUGCAUUAUUAUGUCCUGAUCCAAAUCUUGAAAAUGACCUUGAAGUUUUGUCUCGAUCAGUUCUUUACCAGCAAAAAGCUCUUCGUUAUUCUACACAGAUAGACCGAUGGGAAAGUAACUUAGAACACUUUAAAGUGAUCUUAAAAAUAGCUGUUAGGUUAUGCAAUUUAUCUCUGGUGUACUUAAAACAGCUUGAUGCAACAACAAAAAAUCAACAAAAGUCAGCAAUAAAAUUGGCCUUGCAGUCUGUUAUAGUAAAAGCUCAAAAGAACCUUUAUCCAUAUGAAUCUUGUGAUAAGAUUGAAUUGGAAUCGAAUCUUGACCAAUUAAAAAAUAUGCUGAAUGAAAUGUUAAAUUUUUAAUAAUACUAUGAAUACCAAUUUUGUAUAAUGGUAUGAUGUUUCUAUAGGAACUUCCACACAUAUUGCAGAAUAAUAUUUAAAAGUUUUCAAAAUUAAUUUAACCUAUAAUAUUAAACUAUAAAUUAUUUUUUCAACACUUCUAAAAAGAAAAAAAAAGGAAAGAAAGAAAUUUUUGAGCAAUUUUAAGCGUGAUAAUCUGUUUGUAUAAUUUAAUGGAAAAUUAUAUAAAAUUAUAUUUCAAUGCUUAGGAUGUUAUGAUUUUUUUUUAAUGUAUGCGUGUGCAUGUAAAAAUGUAUAUUUUUAAUUCAAAAGCAGCCAUUUGAGAAGUUAAUCAUUUCCAUUUUUUUGUCAAGAUUGCAUUUCAGAAAUAUAAUUAGCUUUGUGAUAAGUUUUAUUAUUAUUGUAUUUUUUAACCAUUUAAAUAAAAUUUUAAGGCAUUUAUUUUUUGCUGCCUGUCCAGAUUGCUUGUUAAUUGUUUAAUGUUUGUGAUGCUAUGCAUUAAAAAUAUCUUUAAAAUGACCCUGUAAAAAAUAAUUAAUUAAUUAUUUUUUUUCUUUGCAUAAUUAGAGCUGUAAUGCUUUUUAAUUUCUGUUUCUGCGAUUUCCAUAAAACAUUCCAUAAGCAUCAUAUUUUUAUUCUGGUCUUAUUAACAAUCAGUGCUGGCUGGCAUUGCUGUCUGCAAUAAUUAAUUGGCAAAAUUGAACAUAUUAUUUUGCAGUAAGAUUGUUGUAUUGGAUGCAUAUUAUUAAAUGCAAUUCCAAAAGUAGCUUAUGUAUUAGAAUUUGAAAUUAUUAUUUGAAACUAUUAGUCAUCCAGAUACAAUGGGAAUUCUCACAUUUAUGAAAUGAAUGUUUCUCAUAAAUUUCUUGUUUCUUCAGAAUUUUUGUAAAAGCAAAAAUAUUUUUCAGAAGUUAAUUAAUACAGAAUAUUUAAUAUCAGUGAGUAUUGAUAGCUUAGAUGUUAUGUAAAUUAAGAAAAAAUUAUUCAUGUUUAAUGAAAGUUCAUGUGAUGCUUUGAGUCAGAAAGUCAUUCCCUUAAACCUGCUAUUAAAAAUUUUAAGAAUAAUUUAUUAAAUUGUAUACUAUUAAACGUUUCACUUAUGUUGCUAGGAUAAAAAGUAAAUUUUUUUUGUAAAAUAAUGUAAUAACAGUUUAAUUUUUUUAAAGUAUAUUUUUUAGCUUCGUUAAUGAUGUUACUUGAAAAUAUUUGUACAUGUAUGCAUAUUAUAUGAAUAUUCUGCCAUUUUAAAUUAUGUUGAGUUUUAUUUUAUGUUGUGUUUUAAAUUUAAUAUAAUAUUGCAUUUAUUCUUAUUCAUUUAACUUUUAUUGUAAGCUAUAUACAAUUAAAAAUUAUAUAUAUUUUUUUAAAAUUAAGACAUUCAUUAAGACACACUACAGUUUUAUUAUUCCUUUAUUGUUAAAUGUAUUUCUGAAUUUGUAAAAAUGAAGAAAUAAUAAUAAUAAUAAACUUA